CAUGUUGGCGAUUCUUUUUCUUGCGAUUCACUUGAUAACUCAUCUAACUGGACAGAUGGGUGUCCAGUCGAAACCGAACGAAGCAACGCUUAUGAAACACUUGUUUAGAGAAUAUGAUCGUCGGGCAAGACCGAAAAAGGAUCCCCUAGCUCCUGUGAAUCUUGCCGUACGAGUUAUAGUCAAUCAGAUAUUAUUGGUUGACGAAAAGAAGCAGAUAAUAGAAACCUACGUAUCUUAUAACAUGACAUGGAAAGAUGACUUUUUAACUUGGAGUCCUGCCAAUUUUUCAAACCUAAAGCGUUUAGUAGUGCCAACCAACAAUUUAUGGGUUCCAAAACUUAUUGUGAUAAACGCCGGAAAAGACGUCAGUACCAACACGAAUGACGAUGGCUUUGCGGCCGAAGUCUACAGUAAUGGAGAAGUGAAAUUAAUACUGGCUACUACAGCCUAUACGACUUGUAUUUUUGACUUGACCCUAUUUCCUUUUGAUAAGCAAAAGUGCGAGUUGAAAUUAGGCAUUUUUGGACACUUUUGCUCUGAGGUGAACAUGUCGAAAUACGAUAACGAACUGAAAUUUUUAUGGUAUACCCCUCAUACGGAAUGGGCAGUUGAGGGGUCGUCGCUGAAGGAGAUGGCCUACAAGGAUGGCGAGGGAUCCUAUUGUACCCUUGAUGGAACAAUUUUUAUAAGAAGAAAAUCUUUAUAUUUGGUCAAUAACGUUCUGAUACCUUGUGUCUUAAUUUCAUUCAUUUCGCUGGCCUCCUUUGGCGUUCCUCCCGAAUCAGGAGAGAAGAUAUCUCUUUCAAUGACAACCCUUCUCAGCUAUUCAGUUUUCCUUUUGGUUCUAAGCGAAAUGUUACCUAGAAAUUCCGACACUGGUCCCAUUCUUACUUAUUACAUAAUAUCCGUUAUGGCCAUAACAGCUAUAUCUCUUCUCUGUUCCGUUCUGGUCGUGCGUCUCCAUUACGGGACAUCGAAGCCUCCGAAGUGGAUAAGGUUGCUGGUAUUAAAUUAUAUAGCAAAAUUAUGUUGUCAGACAACGAAAAAAGUAUCUCCAUCUGCAAAAGUGAACGAAUCUAUGGGAGAAUCGGGGCAAUUUGAGGAAACAUGGUUAAAAAUUGGUCGAACUUUGGAUAGAUUUUUCGCCAUAAUAUUUUUUAUGAUAAUAAUGAUUGUAUCACUAACUUUACUGGUAGUGAUUCCAGCUAUGAAUUCCACUUGA